AUGCGCUUUCUGAGUGUACUCGUUCUAUCUUAUCUUGCAGGACUAGGAGGUGCACAAGAAACACCGAGACCAGCACCAGCACCAGUACCAGCACCAGCACCAGUACCAGCACCAGCACCAGCACCAGCAGACACACCAAAACCUUUGCCGAAGCAAGGAGCCAUUUACUGCAAGGUCGCUCCAUGGGACAUGGACAGGCGCCUCCAGGAAAUUGCCAUGACUGGGAGCGUACAGAGUGUAUAA